AUGUCUACACCCGUUCGCAAAGUCCUGAUCUCAGAGUUCGGCGGCCCUGAGAACGUGUCGGUUGUCACAGCCCCCAUCCCCGCGCCUUCCCCCAACGAAGUCCAAAUCAAAGUGCUCUACGCCAGCAUGGGCGGUGCAGAUAUAUCCAUGCGACAAGGUGCCUACCCGAUGCAAAGGAAAGCACCAUUGACGCCGGGCUAUGCGCUUAUCGGCCGCGUGCACCAAAAUGGAUCGGCUUGCACAAAAUACCGGGCUGGAGACCUCGUCGCUUGUCUCACAAAAUACGAUGCGGAAGCCGAACUAUGCAACCAACCCGAGAAACAUCUCGUUAGCGUGCCAGAAGGACUCGAUCUGCAGCAGGCAGUUGCCUUGGUCUUAGAUUGGAACACGGCCUACGGGCUAGCCUAUCGCGCCGCUAAGAUCUCCGCUGGCCAGCGCGUCUUCAUCCACGGUAUCAGCGGCAGUGUCGGUUUUGCCGUCCUCACCCUUUGCAAGAUGCAAGGUGCGGAAGUCUAUGGGACAGCAUCGGCCGUCAAUCACGCAGCUAUCCGCGAAGCGGGUGCAAUGCCCUUCGUCUACUCCGACAAGAACUGGAUGCAGGCCAUGAAAGACGUGGGUGGCGCAGACAUCGUGUACGAUGCUCUUGGCUUCGAGUCUUGGGACGAUAGCUGGAACAUCCUGGCGAAGGGAGGUCUUCUUGUGGGUUACGGUGGUAACUUCGACCUGCUCACCGGUGGAAAACCUCGUAGUCAGCCACCUCAGGUUAUAAAGCUACUCGCAAGAGGCAUGGUUCCCUUUUGCCCUUACCGGACGAGUUUUUACUACAUUGAUCGCGAUCAAAAGACGUUCAAGCCGGAGUUAGUGGCCCUUUUCAAAAUGUUGGAGAGCGGAGCUAUUCGGGUGCCAAUCAGGAAGAUGUGGGCGUUGGAAGAAGUUCCGGAAGCGCAUCGUGUUUGGGGUAAAGGGCCGGGUAUUGGGGCUGUGAUCGUGAAGGUCACUGAGGAUGACAGAGUAGGUCGUCAGUCUUGA